CAUAAGAGUAAUCAAUGACCUGAAGAUCAUAAAAGUAAUCAAUGAAGAUCAGAAGUAAUCAUGACAUGAAGAGUGGUGGUAACCUGGCAGAGGAGCGGAGUCACGAGGCAGACAGGGUUAACCUGCCAAAGGAAGGCAAAGGAAUGAAACAGCCAAUCGGAGCACAGGGGGAGAGGACAGACAUGAUUUACACCAUUGAAGAUGUCCCACCAUGGUACCUGUGUAUUCUACUUGGACUACAGCAUUAUCUGACAUGUUUCAGCGGCACUGUAGCCGUGCCGUUUCUUCUGGCCGAAGCCAUGUGUGUCGGUCGAGACCAGAACACCAUCAGUCUGCUUGUCGGAACUAUUUUCACUACAGUCGGUAUCACAACUCUGAUCCAGACCACCAUAGGAGUCAGGCUUCCUCUCUUUCAGGCCAGUGCCUUUGCUUUCUUGAUUCCUGCUCAAGCAAUCCUCGGUCUUGAACGCUGGCGGUGUCCCAGCGAGGAAGAGAUUUAUGGGAACUGGAGUCUUCCACUCAACACCUCACACAUCUGGCAGCCUCGCAUCAGAGAGAUCCAGGGGGCCAUCAUCGUGUCCAGUGCUGUGGAGCUUCUGAUUGGUCUGUGCGGGUUGCCAGGUUUGCUUCUGGAGUACAUCGGCCCGCUCACCAUCACUCCAACUGUCUCGCUGAUCGGCCUGUCUGUCUUCACCACAGCUGGAGACAGAGCUGGGUCUCACUGGGGCCUGUCAGCACUGUGCAUUUUUCUCAUAGUGCUUUUUGCUCAGUACCUGAGAGGGACUUCUUUUCCUGUUCCUGUUUAUAGCAGGGAGAAAGGGCUGACCUCCACCAGAGUCCAGAUCUUCAAAAUGUUUCCUAUAAUCCUCGCCAUCAUGUUGGUCUGGCUCGUUUGCUACAUUCUCACGUUGACCAACCUGUUGCCGAGCAACCCUGAUCGCUACGGACACAAGGCCCGGACUGACGCUCGUGGUGACAUCAUGGCUUCAUCCCCCUGGUUCAGAGUACCCUACCCCUGCCAGUGGGGGUUGCCAGUGGUAACAGUUGCUGGGGUGUUGGGGAUGCUGAGUGCUAUCAUGGCGGGCAUCGUGGAAUCGAUUGGUGAUUAUUACGCCUGUGCUCGUUUGUCUGGAGCCACACCCCCUCCAGUCCACGCCAUCAAUAGGGGAAUUUUCAUUGAAGGCGUUUGCUGCAUCAUUGCUGGUCUUUUAGGGACAGGAAACGGAUCCACCUCCUCCAGUCCAAAUAUAGGCGUUCUGGGCAUCACCAAGGUUGGCAGCAGGCGUGUGGUGCAGUACGGAGCUGGUAUCAUGUUAAUAUUGGGCUCAGUUGGGAAGUUUACAGCUCUAUUCGCGUCCCUGCCAGAUCCGAUCCUUGGAGGAAUGUUCUGCACUCUUUUUGGUAUGAUCACAGCUGUCGGUCUCUCUAACCUGCAACUGGUUGAUUUGAACUCGUCAAGAAAUCUUUUUGUUCUGGGAUUCUCUAUGUUCUUCGGUCUGACUCUGCCGACAUACCUGGACACACACCCCCACUCCAUUAAUACAGGUCUUGCAGAGCUGGAUCAGAUCCUGACUGUUCUUCUGUCCACUGAGAUGUUUGUGGGAGGUUUUUUGGCUUUUUGUCUCGACAACACAAUACCAGGCUCCAGACAGGAGCGAGGUUUAGUUGAGUGGAGGUCCUCUUCCUCCUCCUCCUCCUCCUAUGAUCUUCCCUUGGGGAUGGGUGUGGUCAGACGGACUCGAUGGCUCAGACGCUUUCCCAUCAGCCCCUCCUUCAGAGGUUUCCAGGCAUCCGACCCACCGCAGCUGCCCGAGGAGGUGAAAGAAAGAGAAGAGGAAGCUCCUGACCUCCACCUGCCCAGUACCAAGGUGUGACUGUGAUGUCAUCAGUCAGUGUUAACUGAGUGGGAAUCAAACCUGUGACGUGACGGAACUGUUUAAGUCUCUUCUUAAUGCAAAUCUUCAGCUGAUCAGAUUUGUGAAAUUGUUUGACUGCUGAUUAAUUUAUACACUGAUUUGCCUAAACUUCACAUGAAUUGGACUUUAUACAGAGAAACUCUGCAUUGCUUUAAUUCACAUGAGGAGAUAUUAUUAGAGUGCAACAGUGAUUUUCCCAAUUGGAGCUCUUCUACAUUUAAGAUCAACAUGAAACUCUCCUUUUG